AUGAUUGUCCAGCGCAGUGUAGAAGUAGAAGUCCAUCCGGAGCCUUGGGCCGGCAAUCCAUACGCUUGGGAUUUCCCCGAAUCCGACGGAAAAUUUCGCCCAGAAAAUCAUAUCGGAAUCCCUCUUGUCAAGGCGUUAGUGGACACAUUGUACACGACCAGUGGAAUUUGCGGAGGGAUCUUUUCGUUCACAUUACUUUAUUUGGUUUUGAAACACUCAACUGGCCCACUCAAGAAUUACAGUAGGAUGUUGCUGCUGUGUUGCUCGUCUGACAUUGGAUUUUGGUUUUGCGAUUCAAUUGUUCAGGUGGUAAGGAGACACGUUUAAUUUCAAGAAAUAAAUUUUUUAAUUUUAAAAACAUAAGUAUGCCGCUCUAACCUACUCAUUAAUUCUAUACAGUGAACACGACUUAAGGGCCUAAUGAAUAUGUUUUGUGAACAAGUACUUUUCGUUUUCAGGACAGUUGCAAUUAACCGAAAUGAAAUAUUUUGAAAGCUUUUUGUAUAAAGCGAUUAGGCAAAAAAGUAAAAGUUGAAGAAACCAGUAACCUCAGUAAACUUUCUUAGCGCUCCAAGCUGACCGAUGGAGUGUUUAUGUUCACUUUGGAAGGCCCAAUCAAACACUUCUCAUACGAACUUCAAGUGCAUGCCAUGUGUUGGUACGUGUGUCAUCUAACACUGAUGCAUACGAUCAUCCCCGCUCAAUAUUACUAUCGAUAUUACACUGUCAGCAAGUGAGUUGAAAAUACGUAGAAAGAAAAUAAAAUUAAUUUCUAAAUGGGUCUAAUGACCUUUGAGAAACAACAAAGCAAGAAUUUGAAAAAAUGCGGUUUUUCAAUUAUUCAAAUUUUGUUAUAAAUCCAUGCAAAUUUUUUAUAAAUUUAGUCCCCAUCACAUGAACAAGACGCAAACUUUUGGACUCUAUCUUAUAGCCCUGGUUGGUGCUUUUCCAAUGUAUUGGAUUACCUACAAAGCGUAUCGGUACUCGGGUCUGGCAAGGCCUGGAUUUAAUUACGCUCUUCUGUGGUACGAUGAACAACCAUUACCCGCGUUGAUUAUUGGAGACGUUGUAAGCUUCUAUGCUAACCAAAUUUUGCUAAAUUUCUGGUCUUAAAACACGCAAUGUUUUAGAACGAUUUCAUAAUGAAACUCUACUUUAUUGCGUCGAUUGUCAUUGUUGGUGGAUGUUACGUGUUGACGCUGGUUUUGGCAUUGAUUACGUUAAAGAAAUUGGACACCAAUAAUAAAAAAUACAGCCAGAGGACCAGGGAUAUGCAAGCACAGCUGACUAAAGCCUUGAUGUUUCAGGUAUAAAUCGUUGGUUUGUGAUGAUUUAUUGAACACUUUCCACCCUUUUUUUACACUACAUAUCAUCAAGUUGUUCCACUUACUCCACUCAACAUAAUUAAACAGGUUUCCAUUCCAGACAAUCUUGCCAGUCUUCACAUCCGUCAGCCCGAUUCUCUGCAUCUGCGUCCCCUGUUUUCUCUACGUUUCCACGGGCCCUUCAGCCAGCAUUUUACUGGCGAUAGUGUCCUGGGUACCCGUCUUCAAUCCGCUGUUAACCAUCUGGAUUAUUAUUCCGUAUCGACGAGUUGUCUUCAGCUGUAUUCUGAGGACCAAAGUGGAAGCAUCGGCCACAUCCGAUGUCUCAGAGCACAACAAAUUGGAGAGCCAAUCAAGAGAUAACAGAGUGGCCAGUGUGAAUGAAAAUAUCAUCUUUUAG